AAUCACUUAAUAAAGCACUUAUCUGUUUCUCUUUUACUGCGCUUUAUUCUGUUCAAAUUCGAUACUUUGUUUGGUAUGUUUGUAACAAAGAACGAGGAGAUUGUUUUCUCUUUCUAUCUCUAACCUUACUGCAUUGUCUUGUUCUACUUAUUACUUCAGAAUCUCUUCUCACUUCCACGCAUUGUUGUUUUUCUCUCUCUCUCUUGUUUCAUUCUUCUAAGUACACGUUUUAAUAUUAGUGUUGCAAGAUCACACAUAGCACUACAACAACAGGGAAACAAAUGAACUUGGUGUUUUUUCUUAGCUCAAAAUAUCACUGAAAAAUUCAGAAAGUGUCAAAAUGAGAGAUGAAAAUUCCAAGAAAACCAAGCUCUCAUGGUCAAAGAAAAUGGUCAGAAAGUUUUUCAAUAUCAAAAGCAAAUGUGAAGAUUCACAAGAAGAUGCUGUUGUUUAUGGAGGAAGUGAGGUUGAAUAUGGAAGCAGGAAUAGCUUCUCUGAGAGAGAACCAUGCACAAGCAAAAAGAGCAAAAUAGAGAAGUUUAGCAGGAACAGCAGCCAGGUUAGACGAGGAAGAAUGAAUCUCGAUCAUCCUCGAAUUAUCGAUGUGCAGAACUAUAGCAUUUUUGUAGCUACAUGGAAUGUGGCCGGAAGAUCCCCGCCGAGUAAUUUGAGUGUAGAUGAUUGGCUUCAUUCCUCACCACCAGCUGAUAUUUAUGUUCUUGGAUUUCAAGAGAUAGUUCCGUUGAAUGCCGGUAAUAUCCUAGGGGCAGAAGACAAUGGCCCUGCCAAAAAAUGGCUGGCUCUCAUCAGAAAGACUUUAAACAAUCUUCCUGGAGCCAGUGGAAGUAGUGGAUGCUAUACACCGUCUCCAAUUCCUAAGCCAGUUGUAGAGCUGAAUGCAGAUUUUGAAGGAUCAGCUAGGCAGAAGAAUUCGUCUUUCUUCCAUAGGCGAUCGUUCCAGACAACUUCUAGUGGUUGGGGAAUGGACAAUGAUCCUUCAGUUGUGCAGCCACAAACAGAUCGAAGAUAUAGUGUAUGCGAUCGUGUAAUUUUUGGUAACAGGCCUAGUGACUUCGAUCCUAGUUUAAGAUGGGGUUAUAGGCCUAGUGACUAUUCAAGGGCAAGUGACUACUCAAGACCGAGUGACUAUUCAAGAUGGGGUUCGUCUGAUGAUGAUAAUGGCCUUGUGGAUUCGCCGAGUACAGUUUUAUUUUCACCAAUGUCGACUUGUGGUGGAUCUGCCUCUAAUGAAGAUGGAUAUGGUAUGCCAGGAGGAAAUUCAAGGUACUGCCUUGUUGCUAGUAAGCAAAUGGUGGGAAUCUACCUUACCGUAUGGGUGAAAGGCGAGCUGAAAGAUCAUGUUCGAAACAUGAAAGUAUCGUGUGUUGGCAGAGGAUUGAUGGGUUAUCUCGGAAAUAAGGGUUCUAUCUCAAUUAGUAUGUCUGUGCAUGAAACAAGCUUUUGCUUUAUCUGUAGUCAUUUAACCUCAGGACAGAAAGAGGGUGAUGAACUAAGAAGAAAUUCUGAUGUCAUGGAAAUUCUUAAAAAGACAAGGUUUCCUCGUGUUCAUGGUGUUGAUGAUGAGAAAUCCCCUCAGACAAUCCUCGAGCACGAUCGAAUUAUAUGGCUUGGAGAUUUGAAUUAUCGGAUUUCUCUCUCCUACCGUUCUGCUAAGGCACUUGUUGAGAUGCAAAAUUGGAGAGCAUUGUUAGAAAAUGAUCAAUUGAGAAUAGAGCAAAAAAGAGGUCGCACGUUUGUGGGAUGGAAGGAAGGGAAGAUAUAUUUUCCUCCAACAUACAAGUAUUCAACUAAUUCAGAUCGAUAUUCGGGAGAUGAUAUGCACCCCAAGGAGAAAAGGAGAACACCUGCAUGGUGUGACAGGAUUUUAUGGUAUGGAGAAGGUCUCCAUCAGUUAUCUUAUGUUCGCGGGGAAUCAAGAUUUUCAGACCAUAGACCUGUUUAUGGAAUAUUUUGGGCUGAGGUUGAGUCACCUCAUGGAAAAUUGAAGAAAAGUAUGAGUUGUUCUGGUUCCAGAAUUGAGGUGGACGAACUUCUGCCAUAUUCCGGUGGAUAUACUGAACUAAACUUUUUCUAAAGAAAGGAAAGCUUAGUAAGAAACGUGUCCAUCCAUAUUCAACAAAAUGGUCCCCCAUUAGCAAUAGGAAAUUUACUUUGAAGGAAUUCUUUCAUGGAGGGAGAUAGAUAGGGACAACCCAUUUCCCAUAUACCGAAAAAGUUUAUAAUCUCUAGUUUUGGUGCUUUGCCUAACACAUGAUCAAUAUAACACAUCAUCUUGAUACCAAAUUAACAAACACUCAAGCUUCCACUCUAACAAUCAUUAGGUAGUUGAUGAAGAGGACUUUUUUAUUCAAGAUUUUUUUAAUUAUUUCUAGAGAAUAUUUUAUGAUAACUGAAUGAAGGUGGAAGAAUGUCAGAAUAAUCAUUUGAGCACUAACUUUAUUUUUAAUGUAAUGUAUAGAGAUUGAGAGUUUUGAUUUGAUGUAUAGUGAUUGCUGCCACAGUAAUUCAGUACUUAAAGAAAAGGAACACAAAAGAAAUUGAAGUUCAUGAUUGAUUCCAGAAACUCUCUUGUACUGAGUUCUCUUUCUGUGUCUUCAUGAUAAUUUUUUUACUGAUAAAGUUGGUUUUUUGACAUCAAAAUCAAAUAGUAAUGCACUAUUGUUGCUGAGACUCUUCUUUUUACUAAUGAGGUACAAUAUUUGAGUAUU